AUGCAUGCAAAAGACAUUAAUACCAAACCAUUAGAUGUUCAAAAAAAAGAAGGGGAGAUAUUUUUUGAUUCCUACCGUUUACAUUUCGAAAUUUGGAAGGAAAAAAAAGACAAACAAACUGUUCGUCAAGCAAAACGACAACUUUGUCGCCAUGACCCGUAUUUUAUAAAUAAAAUGCGAGUGAACAAAAUGAGCAGUAACCGGAAUGUGAUAGUAGUAUAUGAAGACCGGAAAUGA